ACACACACCGGCGCGAACACACUCGACCGUCAGCCCGCGGCCCGCGCACACCUCGCGUCGUGCACACUGUGACAUUUAUUUAUUCCUAACUUAUUACUUAAAAAGAAAACUAGUUCUUAAUUCAAAAUGGCAAACAACAGAGCAGCGAAAUCAGGAUUUGCCGCCGAAGCUCAGAGAAAGAUCAACAGCAAGUACAGCGAGGAGCUGGCCGAGGAGUGUCUGGAGUGGGUGCGCGAGAUCACCGGCCAGCCCGAGGACGUGUCCGGCGACAUGGACAACUUCUACGAGGUGCUGAAGGACGGCACGCUGCUUUGCAAACUAGUAAACAACAUCCAACCGAACAUGGUGAAGAAGAUAAACGAAUCCAAGAUGGCGUUCAAAUGCAUGGAGAACAUCAACGCUUUCCUGGAGGCUGCGAGACAGCUGGGAGUGCCGGCGCAGGAGACCUUCCAGACUGUGGACCUGUGGGAGCGACAGAACCUCAACUCCGUGGUCAUCUGCCUGCAGAGUCUGGGAAGGAAGGCGAAAAACUACGGCAAACCCUCGAUAGGACCCAAAGAAGCUGAAAAGAACGUGCGCCACUUCACAGAAGAACAGAUGAGAGCGGGUCAGGGGGUCAUCUCACUCCAGUACGGGUCCAACAAGGGGGCCAACCAGAGUGGCAUCAACUUCGGCAACACGAGGCAUAUGUAAACUGAACCCUGCACACAGAUCAAUAACAAGCAAAUUCAUUUGCACCGUGCGUGUCUUGUCAUGACCUUCUUAAAUUUGUAGGGUUAUAUUUAGUGUUAACUUGACAUGAGAUUUUGUCUUCAAACAAUCGACGCACAAUAUUCCUGUAGAUUAAUAAUAUGGCACGCACGAAUAAAACCAAGACAGGAUUAAUUUAAAGAUGAUAAAUGGUGUUAUUUACUUACAUUUGAAUCUCACGUUUGCUAAAUUAAAUGUAGAAAUCUUCAUCAUCAUCAUCGUCGCAAUCCAUUGUUGGAUGAAUUUAUAAAAAAGAGGGUAAUAAAAUCUAAUUUAUUAGUAAGUAUAGCUGGUCAUCUUUCUCAAACUUAAAAUAUGAAGUACUUACUUAACACAUUCUUUGUAAGUAAGACCUACUUACCUAACCAAAUAUCUAGUAGGUUUUUACCUAAGUAGAUAUAGUAAAAAGACGUAGAAUGAAGAAAGCAUACACGUAUACAAUUUGUACUUAGACUAGAAUGUUAAAAUAUUACCUACCUACGACAGUUUAAUAUCUAUGUACCAAUACACUUCCAACAUUCAUAGAUAAUAAUAUAAUAAUAAUAAACAAUAAUACCUAAGCAUUCCAUAAAUGCGUAACCUGAUUCAGGAAAAUAUAUAAAUUAUUAUAUUAAGGCUUUAGAUCUGUUGCAUCAAGUACCUACAACAAUUUUAAAAUGAUUGUAAUAUAACUUCCGACAUUUUAUAAAUUCAACUUCUAUUUUAAUAAACACAGUGCCAAUAGGUACAAAGCGCAAAUAUAUUUCUUAUCGAUUUUAUUUUUAUACUUUGGUUACAGUUACAGCGGCUUAUUUUAAUUAUUAUAAUUUAUUUCAUUAUAACUGUACAAUUUAGAUGAAUCAAUUUAAUUUAAAGAAGCAGAAAUUUAAUUGCAUUUAAUUAUGUGCCUUUACCUACUCUAUUGUCAUUGUAAAAA